AUGGUGUCGUCGCCAUCGAAGAGAGAGGCCAACCGCAAAGGGAGCAUGCACAAGCAGCUCUUCUGCACAGCGCCGAACUCCUCCGCGACCUCUGCGCCAGUCGUCCUGCCGAUCGGUCACCGGCUGGUGAUGGCGGCGAAAACGUCGAUGAGUGCGCUGAACCAAGAUCUGCGCAUUCCCUCAGAGGCCCACGAGCUCGAGCGCUUCAGCUGGUGGAAGUGCCUCGCGCACCCUGAGGAGGCUGCUGACGGCCUCAUCGUGGAGGGCUACGGCCGCCUGCAGAUUCUCCUCGCUUACCUGCUCCCAGAAGUGACCGACGUCGCCGAAGAGGGCAUUGACGCUUCGCAGUUUAUUACCACGGGCAACAAAGACGCCAAGGAGAGAGAGGAGAGCGGUCUGACUCACGUCGGCCGUCGCGACUUCACUGUCAGCAGCCUCGCACCUUCAAGAGGAUACGUUCGCGUCAGCCUCAACGGCGUGCCGGUCUACCGCAGCGGAGUUCUCAACAUCUCUCCCGAAGGCCUGAACGAUACCGCUGCGGUCGUGAGCGGCGAAAAGGAAGAAGCGCGCCUGCCAAACACGAUUUUCAACGAACGCAUUGAGGUUCAGAUUCAUCAGCCCUACAGCGUUCUGCGAGUCGAACUCUUCAACCGGGACACAACGCUGGGCGUGAUCGCCGACGACGACCUCCUCGGCGUUUUCGAAAUACCCAUUCACCUCAUGCUUCCCUUCAAGGUGUAUGACCUCGAGGUGGAGUUUCCGCCUCAGUUUCUGCGCGACGAGAACGAGGAGUGGAUCGCGGGGCAGGGCCUGGACUCGCCGUUCAUUCUGGGAGAGAAGCGGCUGGUCUCUGCGGCGGCGACUGCGCAGCUGCUGCAGACGAAGCAGAUUUUUGAUGCGGACGCGGGGCUGAGCUUCGAGAGCGAGGGAGCCUCGGAGCAGAAAUCCGAGGACACUCGCAAGCCUUCGUCGACUACCGGCGACGCGGCGGCCGCCCCGCCCCCUUGCAGGACCCUCGACACGCCGAUGAAGACGGAGGCGCGUGCGGCUAAGGAAGAGAGCGAAGCUAAGGUCUGCGCGGGAGACAUCGAUCUGCUCACAUGCACCAUGAACGUCGCGGCGGCCGCGGCAGCCUCCGCGCCUCAGGUCGCCGGUCUGCGGUCUUCGUCCUUCACGGUGGAGUCGCGCUCCACAAUCAUCGACGAGUGGGAAGAAACCCCGCGCCCGCCCCUCCUCCCGGAGGGCUACUCCUGCGGUCCGCGACUUCGCUGCCUCUUCAAAAUGGAAAUCGUCGGGAGCAUCCCCAAGGGACGGGUCGGCUCGGAGAAAAAACCUGGGAGCUACGUCUCCGAGAUGUGUGCGCUCGCGCUCCCCGUGAUAGACUCUGCGGAUGAGGCGUCUCUGCCGCCUCUCAACUUCCGCAAGCUGUGGCAUGACAUCAAGAGGCUCAAGUACCUCACUUGGGCUUGCGUGCUGAACAGCCUCGUUCAUAGCGUCGCGGCCAUUCCGGCUUGGGAGCACCCGUUCGUCUCUGGCUGCUGCCUCGCGGGCGUUCUGCUGGCGACGCUGCAGCCGCAAAUGAGCUUCGCCCUUCUCUUCUUGCUGCUGGGCAUUCUCUGCCUUAUGCUAUCUCUCACUCCGCUCUCGAACACGACGGAGGCGGCGAUCGCAGCCGCUUCAGUUCUGUCUGAUGCCAAGAGAAAACCUCCAGCGGCUGCACUCGGGCCGGACUCGAAACUGGGGCCUGCGACAGACAAAGGGAAAGAGGGCGACGCGAAGGGCCGCGGGCCGUCGUCUCUGCAGGCGUUCGAAGAUCAGCAGCAGUCGGAUGAGGCGACGAUGGAGGACUCUUUGCUGAAGUCACUUCUGAGUUCGGCUGUGCCGCAGACUCUGCAUGUGCAAAUCCGCCAGGCUCACAAAACACUUUUGAAGGUCACGGCGGCCGUCUUGCACUUCCACGAGAAGUUGAGGAAGCGACGCGAGAUGGUUGUCGGCAUGCUGUGGUUGCUCUCGAUUCUCUCGUUCUACCGACCGAACAUCGCCGGCAUGGCUCUCCGCUACGGCUGCGGCGGUGCAGCGGUGCUGCUUCUGAUCCACCGCAUGCCGGGCCUGAGUCUCUGCCUGCGCUUCCUCCUUGUCGUCUUCGCGUACCUAAGGCUUCUGCAUCAGCGUCGCACGCGACAGAAUCUCGUCGCGGCGCCGUUUUCGCCUUCGGUGUGA